AUGGGUUCUUCGUCCUCCAAAGUCGCCAAAGGCGCAGCGCGAAAGUAUCCUGCCCGAGCUCCGGGAGUUGCAGUCCCCCAAGCAGUAGCACGCCAACCACGGGCAGAGGCUCCCAAAACACAGUCCAAGACUCUAGGGAGCAGCGCAAAAGAUGAAGCUAUUCGAGCCGAUUCCACAGACCCAGAUUUCCCUACUGGCGAUUUCUCGCGCCGUCUGCACCAGAUGGGCAUCGCCGAUUCGAACCCUACAUAUUCACCCUCAUCUACCGCUGCGACGCCCUUUGGAUCAUCAGCGCCUUCGGGUCCUUACUUUGCACCGAGUCGAAGCAACCCAACACUGAUUGCCCUUGGAGCGCGGGACCGACUGCAAGAUGAGGCGGAGGAAGAUUUCGCAAACAUGGGACGUGGUGGCCGACGCUUUCUCGACAUGAGGACGAUGGUAGAUGCUAUGAAGUUUCGUGAUCGUGGUAUACCUGAAAAGGACAUCGAGGCGAAACUACGGAUACAGCAUGGGCUAUUGAGUAAGCUUGGUCGAGAAAAGACAUUUUCGCAUGUGACAAGUCCCAAUUGA